AAUUAAUAUCAUGUAAUAGGCAAUAACUUAAGAUUAAUUCUCCUUUAUUAAUCAUCCCAUUUCAGAUUAUCCUACACAAAUCACCAUCUUCUAGUAAAGUGCAAUGUAUACCUCAAUAUUCAUUUUUAGAUUUGGAUAAGAUACUAAGGAACUUUCAACGAUUCCAGAUAUCAAUCAUACUCCACCAACUCCAAAUCAGCAUUUAUACAAUAUUCUUGAGUAAUUUGGCAGCACAUUGGCAAGGUAUUUGGCCUUGUAAAUGAUUGGAGUACAAAGUUACUUAAAAUAAUCAAUGGAAUACUUAAAUCAUAAUAUUCAGGACUUGAAAAUGCUUAUAUUUAAUGCUUAGGUAAUGUUCGCUUCGAAAAACAAAAUACAAGAAUUUGAAUUGGCUAGAGAAGAACAAUGCAAUUAAAUCUAGGCAUUAAUCGAUGGAAUUGAAGAUGACUACUGCAAAGAGGCGCUAUCCAAUUUAUUAGGCAAAAUAGAAGAAGUUAGAUUUUCAAGUUAAUAUACUUUAAAAAUAACACAAAUUGAAUUGCUUGAAACCGAAACUAUUUAUUUUUAAGUUAUUGAUAAAGAUAAAAGCAUGAAAACUUUUAUUGAUUUAAUCAAAAAGGACUCUAUCAUUAUUGCCUAACAGCUUUGUCCUCAUCUUAUUGUACUGAGUGCAGUAUUUAAGGACGUACUUAAGUUGGAUUUGAUUCAUUAAACAUAAUAGAAUUUUUAUAGUUUGGAAAAAUUUGUAAAUCAUCUACAAUAAUUAUAUAAAAACCAGGACAUCUCAUAAUAUUUUUAAUAAAUCUCAAGAAUUUACCCUCGACUUAAAGAACACUUUACAGAAAUUGAAGAAAUUAGAAAUAAAAAAAGGAAAUAAUUUGAAUAUCAAUUAGCUGAUGAGGAUAAGGAUAUUUUACAAUUGUUUUAUGACAAAUAAAGCAAUUUUGUGCUGUAAUUUCCUCAAGAUAAAGUACUCCCUGAAGAAAUAUGUGAAUUGAUUUAAUUGACGUAUUUUUUAAUUACCCAGGGAUAAAAGAAUGCUACCUCUUAACUUAUAGAGACUUAGAUCUAAAAAAUAUUAUAGAAUGAUUAAUUUAAACAGUAUUCAUUCAUUUUUGAUUUGAUCGCUGAUUGUGUUCAUUAAAGUUAAUUGAAAUUGCUGUUUUAUGGAUACGUAGAGUGCAUUCUAGAUACUAGAUUAAUCAAGUUUACGAGUCAUCUUCGAACAGAUUUAAUAAUAUUAAACUAAUUAUCUUAGAAACCAUAAACAAAUUUGACUGAACAACAAUUGUAAUAAUUGAAGGACAUGGUUUGUAUUACAAGAAGGCAGAAUUUGCAAUUCCAAGACUUCGCUUAGAUUAUAAAUUCAGCAGGAUAAAUGGAAACUCUGGUGGCUGCAAAAUAAGAGGAAGCUCUUAUGGAGGCAACUAUUGAAUUAGAAAAUUAGCUAUAUGAGAGUCAGGAGAUCAAUGAGUUGAUCAUCAAUAAAGAAUCCGCAGCUUUGUAAAUAAGGGCUAAGAGAUUGAAAUUUCUUAUGGAAUUGUUUCUUCGAUUCUACAGAGUGUCAAGUGAGACUCUCCACAAAUUGUUCCUUUAUUAUGAAUAGGGCUAUGAGUGCAAAUAAUAAUCCACAAUUUUCCUAAGAUAGAAGGUGGCAAUUCCAAAAGAGUUGUUCAGCACAGUGCAAAAUUAAAGGAAGACUCAGAAUUGGAUUGACAUACAGAAUCAAAUAUUAAGUGCAGAUGUAUUGGGAACAGAGAAAAACUAUUAUAGACCAAGUGUGUACAGAAUAUUUAAGGGUUUGACUAGUCAAUAAACAAUCCCGAGUUCUGCAUCUUUACAAAAGAUUUUGAAGAGCUUUUAAACCAAGUAUUAGAACACAUAUGCCAACUAAAUCCAAAGUGAUUUUGUUAACUUAUUGAAGGAGAUUCUGCAAUAUUCAAAAGACAAAUAAGUUAUCUUUGAAACAAAUUUUAGAAAGUAUUACAAAAAGGAGUUCAAAAACUAAUUGAUGGAGUUGCCUCAAAAUUAAUUUGAAAGUGUGGCUUACGCAAUUAAGUUGAUUUAAGCAAUAGAGGAUUAAUAGUAAUAAAAUAAUUGAUAAUAAAAUAAUUAUAAUAGUAUA